ACUAUAUCUCAAUUCUAUCUGAAUAUCUGAAUACUUAGAAUGUUUGAGAUGAACCUAUGCAGUUGCGUGCUUGAGAAGGUAAUCGUAUAUUAAAUUUUGCCUGUCAUUAAUUUGACUCAUUGAGUCCUCCAUUAUCACCCUCGACUCAACUGAAUCCUCACGCCCUCAUCGCAUAUCCGGCUUUUAACAAAGUUUUAUCCCGCAGCAUCACAGCACCAUUCUAACCUGCAAACAGAACACACAACCAAACCAGAAUCACACACAUUCUUCAUCGUCAAUAGAAACCGUCCAUUGUUUCUGUUAUAACCCCAUCCCUGCAAUUCAACGGCCCAGAACCCCGUUGCAGCAACAAACAUUCAUUUCUAUCCUUUUCCCAUCCUCUUCAUUCAUCCACAAAAUCAGAACGGAGAAAUAGAGGGAGAAGAGCGUGACGGUUGCGAACCCAGUCGUGGUGGCGGCACGGUUGUGGCGAGUCGCAUAGUCUAUGGCGUCCUUUUCUCUCGCGGAAGAAGAGAAUUGAGGAUUGGAGAUGAGUGAACGACCGGCGUUGGCCGGAAUCGCUGACAGUAGUCUCCGGAAAUGAGCGGCAGCGUCCGCGGCUAUGAGGAAGAAGAAGCGGUCUGUCUCGUGCUGGAGAAAAAAAUGAAGAGAAUUCGCAAGGUUCUCAUCCGCGCCGGCGACGGUCUCGAUCACGAGCACCGCAGCGGUGACAUCCCCGGCUGUCCGGAAAUGAGCGGCGGCGAGCUCCAGAGGCUAGGUGAAGGUUCGACGGAAGCCGCUGAUGUUGGAUGAAGGUGUACGAAUCAGGAGUUAGGUUAAAAAUCGGAGGAGGGCAUGGAUAUCGUGUGGCAGACUCCAGCAAAUCCCCCGCACCUACAUGAUUACGUCUUUCGAAACGGAAUACGAUUUGUUAGACCAUACUACUUUGAAUUCAUCGCUCAUGUUAAAAAUCGGUGGGCGGGGAAAACCAUUGUAGACUUAUUUGCUGAGGAGUUUAAAGGUCGGCCUUAUGAUUAUUAUGUUAAUGCAGUAAAAUGUGGAAGGAUUCAAGUAGAUGGUGAGAUGGUAUCAAUUUCAUACGUAGUUAAACCAUCUCAAAAGAUAAGCCAUUUCUUACACAGGCAUGAACCACCUGUGAUGGCUUGUGAUGUUCUUAUUCUUCAAAAAGAACCAGAUGUGCUAACUAUUUGUAAGCCAGCAUCUGUUCCUGUACAUCCAUGCGGUCAAUAUCGUAAGAACACUGUUGUUGGCAUUCUUCAAGCUGAGCAUGGGCUGACACCUCUAUUUCCUGUUCAUCGUCUGGAUCGCCUUGUCUCAGGACUUCUUAUUUUGGCGAGAAAUGCUGCAAAAGCUGACAUCUUUAGGCAACAGAUAGAAGCUGGUUUAGUCCACAAACAAUAUAUAGCAAAAGUAGUUGGAGAAUUUCCUGAGGAUGAGCUAAUUGUUGAUGCCAAUAUUGACUAUAAUGCACGUGAAGGAAGGAGCACAGCGGAGGUCAGAGACUCCGCAAAGGGGAAGCCUGCGUCCACAAAAUUUACUCGGAUUAGUACUAAUGGAACUCAAAGUAUUGUUUUAUGUGAACCUAUCACUGGCCGUACUCAUCAGAUACGUGUUCAUUUGAAGUAUUCAGGGCACCCAAUAGCCAAUGACAUGUUGUACAUCUCAGAACAAACUGUUGAUCGAUCUGUCAAAGGGUCGAGUGCUGAUAGAUCAGCUCGUAUAUCUGAUGUUUCUCUGACAUCAGAUCUUGAUGAAGUCCCCAAUGCAUGCAGAGAAAAUUCCAGUGAAGAUUUUAGCAUCGACCCUAUGUGUACAAAUUGUCCAAAUUUGGCACCCAAAGGAUAUGAUGGUGAUGAAGAAGGUCUAUGGCUACAUUGUUUUCGUUACACGGGGCCUGGAUGGACGUAUGAGUGUCCACAUCCUGAUUGGGCGAAACUUAUCUAGACAAUUUGAUAUAUUUUUCAUCGUAAAUUUCAAACAAAUAUGCAACGACUUUUUGAGUUUUCAUCUGAGUAUUGUUGGUUACUGAAAAACUGUUUAAUCUUUUGCUAUUAUUCAGGGACACUAGAUUGGAAUGAUCAAUUAUUGUUACUAUU